AAAUAGUGUAAAUGGUGUAGAUGGAUCGCAGGUGGUAGAGGUGACGUUUGUUUAACGAAAGAUUAGAAUAUUUAUUUCUUACAUUUACAAAGAGAGGAUUGACCAGUCUCUAUCAAAAUGGUGUUGUUGACGAUGAUUGCGAGGAUAGCAGAUGGUUUGCCAUUAGCAGCUACCAUGCAGGAGGACGAACAGAGUGGGAGAAAUAUUUUAGAAUACCAGAAUCAAGCAAAAAUGUUGUUCAGGAGAUUGGGGCCUCAAUCACCAGCCAGAUGUACCAUAGAGACAGGACCGUAUUUAUUCCAUUAUUUAAUUGAAAAUGAAGUAUGUUAUCUGGUAUUAUGUGAAAAAAACUAUAGUAAGAGGAUUGCAUACAGUUAUCUUGAAGACAUAGCACAAGAGUUUCAUUCAUUGUAUGGCAAACAUGUUAAUAAAGUUACCAGGCCUUACAGUUUCAUUGAAUUCAAUACGUAUAUUGAGAAAGCAAAGAAAGUUUUUCAGGAUGGUAGAUCCAGAAGAAACAUGAAUGCACUCAACAGCCAAUUACAAGAUGUACAAAGAAUCAUGGUUCAAAAUAUAGACGACGUAUUACAAAGGGGUACAGUGCUUUCAGAAUUAGAUACAAAGACACAAAACUUAUCCAUGCUGUCACAAAAAUAUAAGAAGGAUGCGACACAUUUAAAUAGCAAGUCCAUGUAUAUAAAGGUUGUGGCUGGACUUGUUGCAGUUUUGGUCUUCCUGAUAUACUUUUUCAUCCUUUAGUUGUUCAAUUAAUUUGGUAAACCGGUUAUGAUCAUGUAAAGACUACUUUGUAUUUUUAAUCAUUCUGGGUUUUCAAGAUUAGCAAACGUUUUUCCUGUGAAGUUAUUGUUCUCUGUAUGGUGGAUUUAAAUUUCAAGGAAUUUGGAAUUAAUGUACAUAAGUUGUACUCAGAGAAAAAUUAGUCACAAGGAGGAUAACGAUAUUCAUACCAUACAAUGCAUCUUGUCAUAUGUAUUAUCAUGCAAUAAAUGCAACAAUUAUUUACAUUUGA